UUACACAACCUCAGGAUAAAUUCCAACCAUUUGUGUCCAACUGAUCUUUGGAACUGUCUCUGCUGUUCACUGUGACUUUACAAGAACUAGGGGCAAUGUCGUCGCUAAGCAGUGUGAUGGACAGCCAGGUCCUCCAAUCAUAUUUCACAUACGCCACUAUUGUCAUCCUGAAGAUGAUGCUCAUGUCACCUCUAACAGUUUACUUCCGUCUGACAAGAAAGGUGUUCGCAAACCUGGAGGACACCAAAUUGGGUUCCUCAGCAAUAGACAAGAAGCUGGUCCGCACAGAUCCUGAUGUGGAACGGGUCCGCAGGUGUCACCUGAACGACCUGGAGAACAUCGUUCCCUUCGUGGUGGUCGGCCUCCUCUACGCCCUGACUGCACCUGAGCUUUCAACUGCCUUGCUUCACUUCCGCAUCUUUGCCGGAGCGCGGAUCUUCCACACCGUGGCCUACGUCGGCGCUCUGCCUCAGCCCAGCAGGGCCCUGGGCUUUAUAGUGGGCCUGAUGGUCACCUUCUCCAUGGCUUACAGGGUGCUCAGCACAGUUCUCCUCCUGUAGACAUGAUAUGACUCCCACGAUGCAUACAUACAUAUACAACCACCGACUGUACAUUUGUACAUUACAUUCAUUUGUGUGAAUUCUACCUUGACAGAUUUGCUUAAAGAUAAGUGAAAUACUCUCUGUAGGUGGACUGGUCAGUGUAAUGGACAUUUCAAUUUCAAAAUAAAAUCUGGGGAUGGACCCCCAUGUCCGCCAGUCUAAUUGAACCCCCGCUUUCCAUGGCCUGUUACUUAUAAUGAAAAUAUAAAUUACAGCAUCAUAAAGACAUAAAAUAUGAUGUCACUUUAAAUACAUAAGCCCUGCUGUAAUAAUAAUUUGGGAUUUAGAAUUAAUGAAUAGUUUAUUAUUGUCUGACUGAUCAACGAUAGUCAGAAAUAAUGACUUUAAUUAUUUUGUAAUUAUUUGUCUGAUGCUCCUGUAAUAUUUCUACAGGUGAAUAAAGACAAACAAUCCAUCAACUUGAUUAUUUACUGUUAUUCACUGAAGAAAUAAAUAUUCAUUGACACCUCAAGUAAA